AUGUGGUGGUGGCUUACGGCCCUCUCGGGCAGCAUCACUCCCCUCUUCCUCGUCCUCUCGCCCAUCCUCUCCUAUGGCGACCAAGCGCACUCCAUGCACAAGGCCAAGUCCAGCGCCGGCUUUUCUUUGGACAUUCCCUUGAUCAUGCUUGUUGCUUCUCUGCUCAGGAUAUUCUACUAUCCCGGCGCCAAGUAUGACACCGCCCUGCUCAUCCAGUCCCUCGUUAUGGUCGGAGUCCAGGUCGUGCUCCUCAAGAUCGCGCUGGACCACCGCCCUGCCCCAUCUUCCAGGGGAGGUGACGCCGCUGUUCCCUUCACGAAGGCGCAAGACGAAGAGUACCAGCGCCCAUACAACUUUUGGCAGUGGAAGUCGCCCAAGCCGUACUGGCAAUUCGUCUUGUACCUCUUCGCUGGCCUUGUCGUCUGCCAGAUCCUCUUCUCGCCCUUCGAGUCCCUCUACAUGUCCUACUCCUCUCUGAUCGGCUACAUUGGUCUCUCCAUCGAAGCGACCCUUCCCAUCCCCCAGAUCCUCAUCAACCACAAGUCGCGCUCGUGCAAGGGUUUCCGCCUGUCGGUUUUGGCCAUGUGGUUGGCCGGUGACGCCAUGAAGAUGUUCUGGUUCUUCACUUCGUCUAGCGAGAUCCCCUGGUCCUUCAAGAGCUGCGGUAUCUUCCAGGCCUGCUGCGACUCGUACCUUGGCCUCCAGUAUCUGAUGUAUGGAAGCGGCGAGGGGGUCUCGAGCGCUAUUAAGGAUCAUCCUCUCCAUGACUACCCCGUGUCUGGGAGCCAUAGCGUGGUCACUAGCCGUGAAGGUGCUGCGGCGAGGCGGACGUCGAACGCUGACAAGAGGAUAUCAUAG